AUGUACUCUUCGGGCCGUUCUAAGGCUAGCCCUAUGGACUGGAAUCGCAAUGUAGAGACGCCUUCUUUUCCCUUUCCGGUUAAAAGGAAAGAUGCAAGUAAAUUAUGUCAAGAAACCCCUUUAAGCAACACAACUGCAGGAAUGCAGCUCUCCAACAAAACCCCAACAGUACCACUAUCGCAACAAAGCUCUGGAUUGGCGUCAAUGCCUUCGGCCAACUUAGAAGACUCUACAACCUCAAUAGAGGAAGCCGAAAAAAAUUCCUCGUCAUUGAAAAAAAGCGAGCAAUGUACGGCCCAAUUGAAAAACAAAGGGCCUGCAUCUUUCCCCGCAAAGUUUUUUGCCUCCUUUACAGAUUUACUAAAUGCAAGGAACAUUUCCAUAUUGCCUUAUAUUUUGAUUGGAUAUCUUCGCUUAGUAUUUCAUUUAACGUGGCUAUUGACGUUCAUUUGGGGCAUUUGGGCAUUAUAUGCAAUACUAAUGAACGACGUUUCGAUUAAAAUCAACGCAGAGACCAACCUGAUCAUUCAAGAGAUAGAACAGGCAAAAAUGCUGUUCUCUCAAAACAAAUGCUUCAAUGAAGAUGUUAUCCGGAACUCCCCGGCGCUAGAUUCGUUGUGUGCGGGAUGGAAGACCAAGGCAGAGCAGUCGGAUCCAAGAUCCAAGAUUUCGCAUGGAAAAUUAAUGGCCGAAACAAUCGCUGAAAUCAUCAACUCAUUUGUGGAAAGGAUCACCCUUAGAUCUCUGAUGCGAGCGUGGAGGCUUCAAAUCAACAAGACACCGUCCCCACCAAAUGGCCCUGCAUGUGAGAGAUCAGCCAAAAACAAAACCUGA